AUGGACGACAGACUCUUUACUUUGUUAUAUCUGAUUGUAAUUAACAUCAUCUCAGCAUGUGGGGAAGGUCUUUCCUGCUCAGAAAAUCAGCAGGCAUUUUUAAGCUCCUGUUAUGAGUUUGUGGCCCUUCGGCGCGGUUUCUUCAGCGCUCAAGCUUGGUGUGAGCGGGAAGGUGGACACCUGGCCUUCAUCCAGAACCACGAAACCCAGCAGUUUCUACUAAAACACCUUCAGCCAGAACAGGAAUGGUGGAUAGGACUGGUGUCUAACUCCAACAACUUCACUCUGGACGCACAAGGCAGCUUGAUCUGGUUAGAUGGUACAGAUGCGAGUUACUCAAACUGGUUUGAUGGGUUGAUGCUGGAGACCGGCUGUGGCUACAUCAACACAGACUCUGAAUUUCACUGGAAGACAACGAGCAACUGUAAUCGGGAACUCUACUUCAUUUGUGAAUUUGAAUUGGGACGCUCUCUGUCUUGUACGGACAGCGCCGUCCUGCGCUGCGGCUCAGAUCAGGUGAUCGAGGUUGAUGAGAGCUACUACGGCAGGAAGACGCCACAUUACUGCAGGAGCACCAUCUCCAGCUCUCUCACAGCUUCUCUGGAGCCGUGCGGACGGAUCAGUGUGCUGGAUGUAAUAGCAGAGCUGUGUAAUGGACAGCGGCUCUGCACGGCUGUGGCCGAUGUAUCGUCUUUUGGAGAUCCGUGUCCUGCGCUGGGAAGCUACCUGUUGGUGGAAUAUCACUGCAAAGACCAACCUUCUCGUGAUUUUGUGGAAAGAUCUGCUGAUGAUGAUGAUGAUGAUGGUGGUGGCGAUUCUUUUGCUGAGGCAUCAAAGUACUCUUUAAAUUUGAGACAACACACUCACAAAAGGACUAAAAGAGAAAAUCCUGGUGAUAAACAGAUUUGUUUUUCUGAUACAUACCCACUCAGUUUGCAAAUCCGCUGUUUAGUUUGUGGUCCAGACGACAUUAACUUGGUGACAGAUGCUAGCUGUCAAAAUACAUACUGGUAUGUGGAAGACGGCAGGGACGUACUGAAAUACGGUAAAGACGAUUUCAAGAAAAACUGCUUUAAAGGUGGCAAGAAGGUCCUGAAUCUACAAAGCAAUAACAAUAAUAGAAACAGCAAUAAUGGCAACAACAACAAUAAUGGCAACAACAAUAAUAAUGGAAACAACAAUAAUGGCAACAACAACAAUAAUGGCAACAACAAUAAUAAUGGAAACAACAAUAAUGGCAACAACAACAGAAACAACAACAGCAACAAUAAUGGAAACAGCAAUAAUGGCAACACCAACAAUAGUGGAAACAACAACAACAAUGGAAACAGCAAUAAUGGCAACAAUAAUAUUAAUAAUAAUAAUGAAUUGGAGUUCCAAGCUAAAAAGAUUAGAUCUUAUAAGAAGGAUAUCAUUGUUGUGGUGGAAUGUGAACAAAACAACCAAGUGUCCUAUGGGAAGUUUACAAUUGAAAAUUCCUGGAUAAAGAUCAACAAGAACGAGCUGAAGAACUCCAUUGAUAGCGAGCUGAGUCAGCUUGGUGGAGCAGAUGACACAGAAGAGUACAGAGAGGAACUUCUUUCAGAUAUAUGUGCCGUUUUAGAAGAAGAGCCAGUCCAGCAACACACAGAAAUGCUGAGUUUUGCUAGCGUUCUGAAAAUAGUCACUAACGAUAAGGACAAACUGAAUGUUUAUGCUCAGGAGAGUGCUGGCUGUGUGGUAUAUAUGUUAGGCAAGUCCCUCGAGUUCAUCAGUCUGGAUAACAUCACUGCACGAAAUGAAAUAGCCAGCCUCCUUGUUGCAUCUUCCAGUAACAUUCUGGCUGCCUUUGAAAAGGAGAAAGAGAGCGACAUCUCUUAUUAUUUGGUCAGUGCGAUGGACUCUGUUCAGACCUUUCUGCUCGUAAAUAAAACACCGGAUCUGGAGCCCAAAAUCAUCACCUCUCCUAACGUCAAUAUUUACGUCAACAGGAUAUCUCCAACCAACCUCCAUAAAGAGCCUUUCAGUGUGGAGAACAGUUUAGCCAGAUUCAAGCUUCCCAACCUGGGCUCCGAUAUACUGCCUGACGAUGAGCCAGUGGAUGUGAAAAUGACACAUUUUAACAUUGAUCCAUGGGUUGAAGGUCAGACCAUUCAUACUAUUGUGGCCGGUUUGUCCCUCUCCAAAACAGACGGCAGUGGCAUUCCAGUGGCAAACCUGACUGAGGAGAUUGAGAUCUUGUUACCCAGGCUGGACACAGCCGUGAACAGCUCAGUCCUAGAUCUGAGAAACUUCAGCACCAUGGUCAUCAAUAUAACCACCCCCAACAUCACUCUGGUUAUUAAGUUAAGUCCCUCUGAGGAUUUAACACUAAUACUGAUGCUGGGUUAUCAGAACCAACCUACCGAGAAAAAUUACGCAGCCAAAGUUACACUUCCUCAACAAGGAAACUCACGAGAUGAGAAGUACACAUGGGUACUGGGCCCCAGUGACAUGGCGGUAAACGCGGGUGUUUACAACCUUCUCAUAAGACCGGUUGUUCCUCCGGGCAUUAAGUCUAUAAAUGCAUCAGUAACAAUCACAUCCAUUACCGCUCAGUGCAUUUUCUGGGAAGAGGCAAGAUCCAACUGGAGUGAUUAUGGCUGUAGGGUUGGCCCUAAAACAACCCCAAAUGUUACUCAGUGUCUGUGCAACCAUUUAACCUUUUUUGGGGGCAGUUUCUUUGUCAUGCCCAACACGGUAGAUCCCUCCAAGACCGCUGAGCUGUUUUCCAACUUCGCACAGAACCCGGUGGUAGUGUGCUUCAUCGGGGCAAUUUUCUUAUCUUACAUCCUGAUAGCGGCAUGGGCACGCAGGAAGGACCUACAGGACAAAACCAAGGUAAAGAUUACUGUGCUGGAAGACAAUGAUCCCUUUGCUGAGUACUGCUACUUGUUGAAGAUCAGCACCGGUCAUCGCAUGGGCUCCUCCCCUUCAUCACGGGUCAUAGUGACUCUUCAGGGUACGGAGGGAGAGUGUGAGCCCCAUCAUCUGACUGACCCUGAUAAGCCAGUGUUUGAAAGAGGAGCUGUGGACCUGUUCUUACUGACCACCCCCUUCUCACUGGGAGAGCUGCAGAGCAUCAGGCUGUGGCACGACAACUCAGGAGGUCAUCCUGCUUGGUAUGUUAACACUGUGAUGGUAGAAGACCUGCAGACCGAUCAGAAGUGGCACUUCCUGUGCAGCUCGUGGUUGGCUGUGGAUAUAGAUGACUGCACCGUCGAGAAAGUGUUUCCUGUAGCAUCAGAGGCAGACAUGAAAGGCUUCAGCAAUCUAUUCUUCAUGAAGACGACGACGGACUUCUGCGACGGUCACAUCUGGUACUCCGUGGUCAGCCGACCCCCCAGCAGUAACUUCACCCGAGUGCAGCGUGUCUCCUGCUGUUUCUCGGUGCUGCUCUGCUCCAUGCUGACCAGCAUCAUGUUCUACGGGAUUCCCACAGACCCCACAGACCAGACCAUGGAUUUGGGUCAGAUUAAACUGACCUGGAGUCAGGUUAUGAUUGGCAUCGAGAGCUCCUUCAUUGUCUUCCCAGUCAAUCUAGUAAUUGUGGGAAUCUUCAGACAUUCACGUCCUCGGAAAAAGAAGACAAAGAAAGGAAAGGCAGAUAAGAAGUGUGAGCCUCCUCAGAUGGAGAAAGACAUCCCAUAUGAGACCGCCUCUCCGCAUUUCGAUCCGGACAAUUUAACCGUAGAUUUCCUUAUUAAAGACAUACAGAGAAUCACAUACCUGUUUGGAAAUGCCAUGAGAUGCCCAGUCCCCAAAACAGAGAUGAAUCCUCAUAAGGAAGACAUCAACACUUUGCUGUCGGAGCUGCAGAACCUCAUCGAGCAACAGCACUUAAUUCACAAAAACAACACCUCCUCGGUCUUCUGGGCCUACACCCAUCAUCUCUCCAAGCAACUCGAAAACGUGGAGGGAGAAGUGAAGCUGCUGGGGCCUUCAGGCUUUUCCAGGCCUGGGUGCUACAGCCAGGUGUUACUGCAGGUCCAGAGCAUGAAGAAGCUGCUGGAAAGUCUCCGUUCCUCCAGACCCAUCACUGAGCAGCGCGUCUGUAGCUCGAGCCCCGAGAAAGACGGCAGCAGGAGGGGUCUGCCCUGGUGGUGUGUGUAUGUGGGUUGGCUUCUUGUUGCAGCCACAAGCGUGGUGUCAGGGUACUUCACCAUGUUGUAUGGACUGAAAUAUGGGAAAGAUCGUUCGGUCAGCUGGAUAAUCUCCAUCGCCAUGUCCUUCACCGAGAGCCUCUUCUUCACCCAGCCUGUAAAAGUGCUUUUUUUAGCCAUUUUCUUUGCGCUGGUGGUGAAAAAAGUCAAUUUUGAGGAUGCAGAACUUGUUGAGACGUUGCGUAAGAAAACAACCACUCGCUCAGACGGUCUCAAUGGAGUGCGUCUUUCUAAGAGAGAUUGCGCACGCAGCUACUAUCAGCCUCCUCCUCCCAGUGAUAUCGAGAGGAUCAAGAGAAACAUGGUCAAACAGCAGAAAGCACGAGCACUCAUCAUGGAGAUUCUGGUUUUUCUGGGGUUCUUGUGGAUGCUGCUCUUGGUGGCAUAUGGUCAGCGAGAUGAAAAUGGAUUCUACUUCACUCAGCACAUCCAGCAGAGCUUCAGUAAAGGCAUUUCAGACAGUAUGAGCCAAAACGAUGUGUUCACCUGGGCUAGCACUGGACUUCUUGAUAACCUGUUUGGAGACCAUAAAGGCUUUAUAACGGACGGAAACUCAAAACUCGUCGGGAGUGCUCGUCUUCGUCAAGUGAGGGUGAAGAGAAGCUCUUGUAAGGUUGCUAAGUCCAUGCUUCACGCUAUUCCCGACUGUAAUGCCCCUUACUCUUGGGAAAAUGAGGACAUGGCCUCUUAUGGUCCAGGCUGGGAUGAGGUUCAGGGUGUAAAUGGCUCUGAAGACACCGUCACUCCUUGGAUAUACCAGAGCCAGUCUGCGCUCAGAACGAUCCCGGUUUGGGGUAUGAUUGCACUUUAUAGAGGUGGAGGCUAUGUUAUGGACCUCGGUUCUGACCACCAAAACGCUAGCAGCAAGCUUCAGUAUCUCAUUGACUCCACCUGGUUGGAUAUGUACACAAGGGCAGUUUUUGCGGAGUUUACGGUGUACAACGCUAAUGUCAACCUCUUCUGCAUUGUCACGCUGAUGCUAGAGAGCAGCGCAGUGGGCGCUUUUCAGUUCCGCAGCAUGGUUCAGAGCGUCCGUCUCUACCAGUCCACAGGUGGCUUUCAGUCGUUUCUCAUGGCCUCGCAGGUCUUUUAUCUCCUCUUCGUCGUCUACUACAUGUUUUUGCAGGCAAAGCUGUUGAAGCGUCAGAAAUGGGCGUAUUUCACAUACAAGUGGAAUCUUUUAGACCUGGCCAUCAUCAUUUUAAGUUGGAGUUCAUUAUCAGUGUUCAUCAAGAGAACAGUGCAGGGAGACAAAGACGUUGAAUACUACCUCAACCACAAGGAUCAGUUUCCCAGUUUCCACGAUACAGCUGUCAUAGAUGCUACACUGGGAUAUCUCAUGGCUUUCUUGGUUCUUCUGGCCUGUAUAAAACUCUGGCACCUGCUGAGACUCAACCCUAAGCUUCACCUCAUCACCUGCUCACUGCAGCGGGCUUGGAACGAAAUGUCCAGCUUCAUUGUGGUUAUCUUCAUUAUCCUCUUGGCCUAUUCUCUAACCUGCAAUCUCUUAUUUGGAUGGAAGCUGUACUCAUACCGAACUUUACCAGAUGCGUUCAGAACAAUCUUCAGUUUGCAGUUUGGAAUCUUCAAUUAUGACGAGGUGAUGAGUUCUGAUCCGGUGCUUGGCGCCAUCAUCAUUUCCACUUGUGUCAUCUUCAUUACGUUUGUGAUCCUGACCCUCUUCGUCUCAGUCAUCCUCGAGGCAUUCAGUGAAGAACAGGAGAAGCACCAGCCUUCCGAAGAAGAGGAAAUCGUUGACUUGAUAUUGGUGAAGAUCCUCAGUCUUUUUGGCAUCAAAUGUAAGAAGAAGGAAGAAGAAUCUCAACAUAUUAACAAAACUACCUAGCCCUCAUCUUUGGCACAUGCCCUCAUCUACUAUCUUCAAAUGCUUAGCCAGCACGACAAAAAACCCAAAAAUUUGUAAUAUCUGUAUCUCUGCUAAAGAUGAACGUAAAAAAUGUUUUCUACGCCGAACAUGGUCGUUUUGAUUCAACUUUAAUUUUCUUUUUAGAAAAACCGAAGUGCACCAUUUAAUUAUAGAGCAUUUUUUUCUGAAACAUUUCCUUUUAUGAACAUAGCCUGGAAAAACGUGUUUAAAUGAACACUACAAUAAACUGCAAGCUUUGCAUGUAGUGAAUAAAAUAAAAACAGGUUGGGCCGGAGAAGCUUGUUUGACAUUGCUUUUUAUGAUACAAAAAAGAAAUCUCAGUGUAAAUACAGUGACACAAUGCAAUGACAUGUCUGCAGUUGGACUACGCUGUAACGCUGGACACCGGUCUUCAUAUUGCGACGGUCUUAUUAAUGGUAUUAUAUGUAAGUGUAAAGAGGUCAAUCUUGAUGAGGACCAAAACAUCAAAAAGGGAAAGAAACAUGUGAAA